AUGACACUCACCCUCACAGUCCUGCUCUGUCUCGGGCUGAGUGUGGACCCCAGGACCAGAGCACAGACAGGGACCCUCCCCAAACCCACCAUCUGGGCUGAGCCAGGCUUUGCAAUCCCCUGGUGGACAUCUGUGACCAUCUGGUGUCAGGGUGGCCUGGAGGCCCAGGAGUACCACCUGCAUAAAGAGGGAAAAUUAGAGACCUGGGACAGACAGAAGCCACUGGAGCCCAGGGACAAGGCCAAGUUCUUCAUCAGAUACAUGAGAGUUAUGCAUACAGGAAGAUAUUGCUGUAACUAUCCCAGUCCCACUGGCUGGUCAGAGUUCAGCGAACCCCUGGUGCUGGUGAUGACAGGAUUACAGAACAAACCCCAGCUCUCAGCCCUGCCCAGUCAUGUUGUGACCUCAGGAGGGAAUGUGACCCUCCAGUGUGGCUCAUGGUUAGGAUUUGACAGGUUUGUCCUGAUGAAGGAAGGAGAGCACCAGCCUUCCUGA